GGCUCUAGUGUCUUUGGUCCCGGGCUCUAGUGUCUUUGGUCCCGGGCUCUAGUGUCUUUGGUCCAGGGAGUCCCGGCUGAGCAGCCGCCUCACUCCGACCCACCCACCUCUUUCUCCGGUCGAGCUGCUUCACUGGAUGGCUGCUUUCUGAACGAGGAGUUAAAUCGGCGACAGGCCCGGGAGAGCCCUCUCUCCACCCUGGGCCACAUUAAGAUUUGAUAUGGAACACCUGACACCUUAUUGCAAAGCUGGACAGAGGACAGUGUGGAAGCACACAUCAGUUCGCAAGACUCCCGCCAGACGGAAAAUUUCAAGAACAGACUGGCCAAUAGAAAAUCCAGAGCAGAUUGCAUUGUUGUUGCAGAAACAGUGGCGUCUAUAUCAUUUAACACCGCUGUAUCGAUUUUCUUACACCAUGCUGAAGAAAUACUCAAAUGAGUUGUCUGUAUUCAUCGCUUGUGAGAAGAAAAAGGGAAUAGCUGUUGAAGUGGGAAUUGAGGUUGCCGGCAAAGCUAAAUUCUCCAUGCUUGCAGGUCUCCGAGCUACUGAAAGUGAUCCAGAGGCAAUCUUCAUCCAGAUAACAUCAAAGACUCCGGUCCAACAAGCAGCUGAUGAGAAGGUGGUAUGGUCUGGCUGGCUAUGCUGUGUUGAUGGAGAUUUGGGCUUCUUGGAAUCUCUCCCAGUGGAAUUCACCUGUUUGCCCUUGCUUUUUGCCAAUGGCCCUGAAACAGUAACAGCUAUUGUUGGGGAAUGGUUGCAGAAAACGUUUGACUGUUACAUCAGUGCUUUUCCCAUCAGUUCUGAGAACCUGACAUGGAUGGCUGCCAUGUGGGCCAAUUGUCUUUCUGACUGCAUCCACCGUGUAAUGGAACUAGAAUGGUCUGUGCCCCCUGUGCAAUUGACCAUCUCACUGAGUAUUCACCCAGAGGACGCUAAGACACUGUGGGACAGCAUCCAUGGAGAUGAGGAUGAAAUCGGCAUCGAUGAGGUGGAGCUUUUCAUGAGCAGCCUUCAUUCACAUUUCUACAGACAUUUUGGGGUGCGCCUUGCAGCUACACGUCUGGUAAAGGUGACCACAGCUGUAGCAUCUGCUCAUUGUGAUGGGAAAUUAAAGCUGUUCAGCAGCAAGCAUAUAGACCACGUGCUGCCAUUCCUAACUGAGCUGGCUUUUCAUCAAAUACAGUACCGACCCCGUCUUUGCACUAGUAUGGAUUAAAUGUGAUCAAAAACUAGUUCUUCAGUGUCACAACAGCCGAACAAUGUUAUUCAUCUUCUGGAAGUUACUGGGCUGAAUCAAGACUGAUCUGACAGGAAGGAGAAGAUGACUACAGGGCGAUUGAUAUGACUUGAGUGUUCCCUCUAUUAUCCAAUGCAAUAUCUUUCUCCAAGAAAUUUGCUAUUCUUUAAAUCCUUGUGCAGCAUUGAAACUAGAGCAGCCAGCCUGACUAUUUUUAAUGGAGGGACCAUAUCCCAUUUUAAAAUUAGUGUUGUACAAAACCUUAUUAAACUUUGUUUUCGCACCUUAAUGCUUGCACAAAUGUUAACCAUUGAGUGAAUUCUAAAUUUAUUUUAUGUGUGUAACUUCUUAAGCAGCAUAAAAUGUAAAAUUAAAUGUUCUAAUUUUAAAGAUGACUAACCCCAUUCUUAAGUUUCAUAAACAUUGUGGAACUACAUUUCUCCUGCAUUCUCAUUAUUUACUGUACAAAUCUUCUGAAGCUGUUAGUUCACUUUAUUAAUAAAGUUGUAGUACCUUAGACAUUUUUUUUAAUCCUUCACUCUAAAGAAAACAAUUGAAAUAAGCAACCUGAAUUCCCUAGCCCAUCGGUAUAGCUUGAAUAUAAUUUCUAACCAGUUCCUUCAAUAAUCCUGUGAUUAAGUUAGCUACUACACCAAUACUCAGUCAAAAUACAACUUUGACUAUGUCCAGUUCAACUACACAAAAUAGUGAUAGUUCAAGCUAUUUAUUACCUCCCCAUCUCCUGAUCAUGAUCAUUUGGAAUAAGAAGAAUUUUGGAAUUGUAAGCUUGUAGCAAUUGUGCCUCUAAUCUAACUAUAGGAAAUGAAAAGCUGUAUUAAGGAAAGAUUACAUAGGCCCAUACAAUGAUUGUACCAAAACAUUUACAGUUUAUUUGUGGAAAGUGCACAUAACAUCUCAUAACUGCUUACAAAAGUCAUAAAAUAGCACUGAUAAAAUAAAUUAGCACCUGCAGGUGAUGUAAUUGCCAACACACUGAAAUCUAAUGCUUCCAGACGAAUUUGGAACUUGAGGAAAUUGGCAAAAGGUGAACAAUUGACAAUUACUUUGCUUAAUUCUACACAGUGCUAUUUUAAAUGAAAUCCAUGGUAGAAGUAGAGGGUUUUUUUUCCUUAACGGGUUUAAAAGAGAAAAAAAAAACAACAUGAAAUCAGCUGUGACCAAGCACUUAUUCUGGUAUCACUUGCAGCAAAAAACAACAAGUAAAAUAAUUUAUUAAAUCAUGACAUAACCCUUCAACCACAUUCUAAACAUUUGAGCUGUACAAUAUUUUCCAGUGGUUCAGAUCUGUGCAAUGUUAUGCUGCCCAUUGUAAUGAUGUACCACAACUACUGCAAUCUACUCACUUGGCUAACCAAGCAUAAACCCAUUCUGGAAGUAGUUUUAAGUGAUAGGCAGAGAAAGAUAAAAUAUUGCAGCUUUAAAAUCAAAUCCAACCUGAAGAAAUUACCAAGUUCACUAAAUAGAAGGGAGAGCUUUAAAAGAGAACUGUAUGAAAGCUUAAUGAACAUUUUUUUAAAACAAGGAAGAGAGGGUGUUAACAUUAGCAAAUGUAGCAAUCUGAUUUAAAGUCUCUCAACAUAAUAGCUCUUGAAGCAGCUAAGAAUAAUUAUUAAUAAGUACGGAUUUGAGCACCGUACUUCAAGCCCAACUGCAGGCAUGCAUACUCUAGGAUUGGCUGCUUUAGCGAGAAAUGUA